CGCGUCCAAAUGUAAAAACAUAUGAAUCAAUAUCUAUCAUAGACCCGCAACACAGGUUACCAGAUCUUCUCCAUCUCCAUCUCCACUUCUGUCUCAAUCUUUUUCACAAUUUAUUCUCUGUUUUGUCUGAACAUCUUUCUACUCUCUCGUCUUAAAGCAAAGAAAAAAAGCAGUCGAUUCCCUUCUCUCUAAAUUCAAAUUUAUCCCACUCCGGAUAACAAAAAAACAAUGGGCCCUGAAUCGAGCUCCGCAACACCAUCAUCAUCAUCGACACCGUCUCCAUCUGGGAAACGAAGCAGAGAUCCCGAAGAUGAGAUUUAUAUCGAUAAUCUCCACUCUCACAAGCGUUAUCUCAGUGAGAUAAUGGCAUCUAGCUUGAAUGGAUUAACUGUUGGGGACCCACUUCCUGAAAAUCUCAUGGAAUCUCCUGCUAGGUCUGAAACCAUGUUCUAUCCCAGGGAUGAAAUGUCUUGGCAAUAUUCAUCGAUGUCCGAAGAUUCGGAUGACUCGAGAUUUUGCGAGACACCUAUGAUGAGUACUUGUUUAUCCCAUUCCGAUAGCCGGCCUACUAGUCCUGUUUCUCCAUACCGAUAUCAAAGACCAGCGAAUGGUGUCACCUCUGCUCCUUCAACUAGUUCAUACCCUUUGCACGGGAAUGUCAGCACCAUCGGUUGUUCUCAGCCACGCCAAAGAGGCUCGGAUUCAGAGGGACGGAUCCCAUCCUCACCGAGUGAUAUCUGCCACUCAGCUGACUUACGGAGGGCAGCACUCUUGCGGUCCGUGCAGAUGAGAACACAACCUUCCAGUCCGUCAUCAUUUGAAACGCCAGUUGAGGAUAGAGAAUAUCAGAUUGAGGAGUGUUCUACAUUGGGUAUCUCAAAGCCUGAAUUUAGCCAAGAGAAAUCUUUGCAUAGUGAAAGUGGAUGAAUACGGUGAUUAGAGGUCUUCCAUCAUCGUUCACCCUCUUGUUUCACAUGCUUUUCUCAAAAUCUGGCCUACGGAACCUUUGUAAAAUCAGUCUACUGUUUAAACGUGUUAUUUCACAUCUAUAUAUUGGUUUAAUUCAAAAUAA